AUGAUGGACACGUCCAUUGUCGCGACGUCGCUCUACGCCGUGGGCACCGAGUUCCGCGAUCUCGACAACGUCAACUGGGUUGCCCUGUCCUACACCCUCGCCUACAUGGGCUGCGCCGUCGUCUUCUCGCGCGUCUCGGACAUCGCAGGCCGCCGGGAUGCCUUUGUGCUCGCGUCCGUUGUCUUCGUGGCCUUUUCGCUGGCGUGCGGCUUCGCCCGCAGCUUGCACCAGCUCAUUGCCUUCCGCGCCCUCCAGGGCGUCGGCGGCUCGGGCCUGUACUCCUUGUCCAUGGUCAUGCUGCCGGAGCUGAGCCCGGUGCGUCUGCGGCAGUACAUCGCGGCCAUGGUCGGCGUGGUCGUCGCCGUGGCGGGCGUGUUGGGCCCCGUGCUGGGCGGCGUGCUGACGAGCUACGCCACUUGGAGAUGGGUCUUCUGGAUCAAUGGCCCUGUUGGUGCGGCUUCGCUGGCCACGUUUGUCAUCAGCUGGCCCGACGAGAGAUACCUCGGGCGUCGUGGAAAGCACUCGUGGAAACAGCUCGACUACCCGGGGGCCUUUCUCACCGUCGCCGCCGCCGUUCUCGUCGUCUUUUCUUUCCAGAAUGCAGGCCAGGCACGCGGUAACGCGCCUCGACAAGGCGACGACUGGGGCUCGGCCGUCUUCGUCGCGCCCCUUGUCGUCGGCGUCGUGUGCUGGGCGGCCCUGAUACUCUGGGAAUACGCCGUCCAGACCCGCCUGUCCAAGCGGUUCGUCCCGGUCCUCCCGCUGAGCAUCUUCCGCAGCGGCGUGUACGCCUCGGGGGUGAUCAACACGCUCCUCCUGGGGCUCCCGUUCCUGCUUUUGAUCUACGUCGUCCCGCUGGGGAUCCAGAUUGCUGGGGGCAAAUCCGCCCUCGUGGCCGGCAUUAUGCUGUUGCCAAUGCUGGUCGCUGUCGCUGUGGGCAGCAUCGUCAGCGGCGCAGUCAACUCGAGAAAGUCGGCCAUUACGGAAACGCUGCUAGCAGGGUCAUGCUUGAUGUCGCUGGGCUGUGGGUUGUUGACGACCUUGUCCACGCACGAGCUCGACAGCGCCAAGCUCCUGGGCUUCAUCACGCUCUGCGGCAUGGGCUUCGGCCUCACCGUGUCAUCCAGCACAAUGAUUGUAUCCAUCAAGGUUGCGCCAAAGGAUUACGGCAAGUAG